AUGAUGGCUUCAUCUGAGUACAAUCCCUCAGACCUGACAUCUGUCUUGAGGACAUUAUCUUCCCUGUCAAAUCCCGCUUCCCCGGCAAAUAGUGGUCUAUUGAACCAUGGAGUCCGCAGAGCAGGGGAAGCUGCCGACAACGAUGAUUCAUAUGAGCCGUCAGACGCCAUUCCGACGAGCAUAGCCCACACCCAGCAUAUGCACACGACGGGACAUUCGAUACCUCCACGACGAACCCCAGUUGAACCAGCCGCAAAUUCAGGCAGUGGCAAGAAGCCCAUAGACCCAUCCGCCAUUACCGCAUGGCCCGCGGGAUUGAAAUAUGUGGUGCAAACAGUAUUACAAAAUGAAGCUCUACAGCACCGAAUACGACGAUUGAUCCAGAGUCAGCAUGACCACGAAAGACAAUGGUGGCAGGGCCGGGAAGCGCUUUUGAAGAAGCAGGAAGCCCGAGUUGAGAAAAAGAAAGAAUUAGAUCGAGUUUUAAGUUCCGUUGGGGUACUUGUUGACACUACCAAAGAAGUAUCUACAGCAGAAGAAAACGAAACAGAACUACGAAUAUACGAUGAGAAAGUUUACAAGGCAUCCGUACAGAUGAUGGAAGCUAUGACUUCGGAACUACGGGGUUUGGGAAUACCUUUCUUUGCCAUCAGGAGGGAUCUCUUAGUGAAUCAUCCGGUACAACCAGGUAGUCGAGAAGACUCUGGAUCUGGGCGGCUUGCUGAACAUAGAUUUGGUGACUCUGCCAAACAGCAGGAGCAGCCCCGACAAGGACCGCUUACGAGAGACGAUCUGUUGGCUCUUCAGCGGCGGAUGUUGGAUUUGCUUCUGGAUCUUUGCAGGGAGUGA